ACACACACACAGUCCUGGUCGCUGGCGAACGUUGGUAAUCAUGUUCAUAACACACGGUACCAUCAACUUAUAACUAAAACAAUUAAGCAUGAACCGCACGGUAAUACGACCAAUAUGCACCCGCGAUAGUAUUUUUCGUCGCUCUUUUACAGUACGCGAAGUGUUCUUAUUUUUUACGUUUGCUCCUCAAAAUGCAUCUUCAUUUUGAAAGGACUUUAAAUGCAAAAAGCGACUGUCCAAUCCUUUCGCUCACAUGGAUGGGAAAAGUUCCCGAUGAACUUCCAGAGGAUGAAGGCUGGAAGCUCAAUAGAACGAAUUACUAUCAAGAGGGAUGGUUAGCCACAGGCAAUGUGAGAGGCAUUGUUGGAGUCACUUUCACCACAAGCCAUUGCAAGAAAAACGUCGAUUUCCCUCUACGUACAAACUACAACCUUAGGGGCCAUAGAUCAGAAGUGAUAUUAGUAAAAUGGAACGAACCUUACCAAAAACUAGCGUCUUGUGAUAGUUCAGGUAUUAUUUUUGUUUGGAUUAAAUACGAGGGCCGAUGGUCUAUUGAAUUAAUUAACGAUAGAAACACGCCAGUGACACAUUUUUCAUGGUCACACGAUGGCAGGAUGGCAUUAAUCUGCUAUCAGGAUGGUUUCGUGUUGGUUGGUUCUGUGGCUGGUCAAAGGUACUGGUCAUCGAUGUUAAAUCUGGAAGCGACCAUAAACUGUGGGAUAUGGACUCCGGACGACCAGCAAGUUUAUUUUGGCACCACGUCCGGCCAGAUUAUAGUGAUGGACGUCCACGGGGCCAUGGUUUCACAGGUCCAGUUGGGAUCCGAAGUGGGUAUUACUUCGAUGGCGUGGUCAUGUGAGAAAUUUAAAAUGGAGGAAGGCGACGAUAACGAAGCAGGCGUCACGAAUUCAGCCGAGAGAAAGUUUGUGUUGGCCGUUUGUCUCCAAAAUGGCUACAUAUACUUGCUGUCAACUUUCGACGACGUGUCUCCAAUUCAAAUAAACACCUGCCUACAAGGACCACUUUGCAUGGAAUGGAGCAACUCCAGGGAAGUUCUCGCUGUAUCGGGGGUCACGAUCAGGACUUCUCCCAACGGUCCUCAGCUCGAGUACACUAACGUUUUACGGUUUUAUAAUGAAAAAGGCAUUCUAAUAUACUCGACCAUAAUUCCUGAAAAACAUACAAGAGUUUCGACUCUCACGUGGGGGCAUAACGAUAAACGUUUAUUUAUAGCGACAGGUACCCAGAUCCACAUUGCAUGGGUUUCAAAAAGAAUAGCUUCGUUACAGUUAUUAUGCCGACUUAGGAUACACGAUAUGAUUUCUAAUGAGUCACAAUUAUCUCUGCUGCCUUUACCAGCUCGUCUUAGAAAUAUUAUCGGAAACUUAUUUGCUCAAACUAUUAGGUGCUGUAUUCCAGAACCAAGUUCCCUUCGAGAAUUCGUAUCCCGACCCCCAGUAGGUUCCGUCAGGCUUCACUGUACAAUGAUACGCCAUGACGAUGAAAAUAAUCUUUCUUCUGGUACAUGUUAUACUCUCUAUUUAGAAUAUUUAGGUGGUUUGGUGCCCCUAUUAAAAGGCAAAAGAACUAGCAAAAUAAGACCAGAGUUUGUGAUAUUUGAUCCGCAAGCAGAAGAUCAUCAUUUUCAUAACUUCCAUACAGAUUCUAAAAGUAGCUCUUCAUCAUCCAAUUCUGCCAGUGGAGCUGGAUGUUUAAGUGAUUCUUCAGAUACAGAGAGGGAGGAUGGUUGUACAGGAUCGCCCAGAAUGCAAAGAAGAAAGAAAAGAAAAAAUAAAAACGCCUAUUUAGCAUACGAGAGGCAGUUUAAGGAACAAGAUACUGAUCAGGAGGAUUUAUCUUAUUUGGAUACAUUACCAGAGCAAGUACGUUUGGUAGAAGUAACUUCUAAUAUUUGGGGAACUAAAUUUAAAAUCCAUGGUUUAGCGACUUCAGUUCCAGCAAAUUUAGGUCAGGUAACUUAUAAAACGUCAUUGCUACAUCUGCAACCAAGGCAAAUGACAUUGGUAAUGACUGAGCUCUGCGAUGACUUUCCUAUAGGACCAGACCCUACGUUUAAUCCAAAUUUAUUCUCGGAAGAUGAGGAAGAAAAUUUACAGGUAGACGUGAAAACAAAAACCGCUAGACUUUCUAUAGAAAACUGGCCCACGAUAGCACCAAUGAGCCCUCGAACCACCAAACAAAAAUCCUCCUAUCUUAAGGACUCAAAUAUAAAUAACUUGAGUACCGUCGAGUCGUACGAAGAAAGCAAAAACUACGUAGAAAUCCACGAUAUCGUUACGUGUAACGAUCAUAUCCGUCCACAGACGUCGGCUUGCAACUACGGUCCGCAAGUAAAUUUUCGUCCGAAUAGCUCGCAGAGCACCAGUUUUAUUAGCCAAUUCAAAAAUGGCAAUCAGCACCCGUCAAGUCAAAGGCACGCCAUAUCCCCUAUAUGCUGUGAAGUAUCCGUACCAGCUUUGCAAUCGCCCAAGAACGCCGUUGCACCCAGCGACAUUAUUUUCGAUAGACCACCAGCCCCAACCAUUAUAUCCUACUCUCCAAGCGAAUAUUUUAAUAGUAUUAACAAUACCUUACAAGUUAAAUCAAAUAUAACGCAUGAACACCAAAAAAAUGAUAUUUCAGUCUCAUUUAAUCUAAACAAGCCCAGAGUUCUUAAAAAGUCAGAUUUAAAUUAUUGUCAUAAUUUAGAAAACGUUAAGAAAAUCGAUGAACCUCUAACCACAAACAAAGUACUGAAGUUUAUUGACGAAGAAAAAAACACGGCAUCCACCUCAAAAAAAUCUACUCCAUCCACAUUCUUUAUCGAUCCUAUGGUUCGGAGUUGCAGUGUUGGGUAUCUGGAUAUGGUAGAAGCCCAACUGGUGCCUAACGAUGCCGCGCUACUCCUUUUACGCAAGGAUAUACCAAGGCGGUUGGUUCUUGUAAACAAAAAACAAAAAACAAAGCGACAAAGCAGGUUAACAACCAAAAAUUUGGUAGAUAACAAUAACAAGAACCUAAGGAUGAACCCAAAUCUCAAAAGCUGCGGCAAGUCGCGGAGCUUGGACUCUAGCGAUAUUUUUCCAAAUAACGAAACGAACAGUAUUUCUAAUUUUAUUAUAAAUAAGGAUAAAAUUAUUCACGAAAUUAACGAUUCUCUAUCGGAGAAACCGGUAGAUAACAUUAAACAAUUACCCAUAAAUGUAGAUGUGCCUAGAAAAAAAAGUUCCAAACGGGACUUUUUCUCAUCUCCCCUAAUGAGAAGAAGAAAGACCGAUAAAGCGGUCACGAGUGAAAAAAAUAAAGAAAGAAGCAAAUCGAGUUUAAACGAACCCAGCGAAAAAAAUGGUACGCCCAUUCAUACCCAAGCACUGGCUAAUUUAGAAAAAUUAAUAACUAGGCUAAAAGAAGAUAGCAAACCUUCUUCGCCAAUAAUGUCUCCAAGAAUGCCUAGGAGUUCACCUGCCUCACCAUCCCCUAGUAAAAAAGGGCUUCGUCCACAAUCUUCAUCUCCUAUUAGAAGGAGACUUUUAAACUCUCCUCUCUUAGGGAGAAAAUAUAAGAAAAACAAAAACCAAGAAAGCUCCGAUGAUGAAGUAAACGCGUCAGGGGAUGAAAUUUGCAAUGGUACGAACUAUAAGGACCUGGAAACAUUUCAAAAAUCUCAACUCAGGCAAAAGUUGAAGAGAGGGAAAAUCGAACCAAAUGGCAGUUGUUGUAACAACCACGUAAUUCCUCAAAGAAGAGAAUUUGUGAUGCACAACAAAGCUCCGAUGUGGAACGAAAAUAGCCAAGUUUACCAACUAGAUUUUGGCGGAAGGGUUACCCAGGAAUCUGCAAAGAAUUUUCAGAUUGAAUUUAGGGGGAAACAGGUAAUGCAAUUUGGGAGGAUAGACGGAAAUGCCUAUACCUUAGAUUUUCAAUACCCUUUUUCAGCUCUUCAAGCAUUUGCUGUUGCUUUAGCUAAUGUUACCCAAAGACUAAAAUAAUUUGUUUUUUAUUAUUUUUUAAUGUGCCAAUUUCGACAAACUUAUUAAGCGG